UAUACGAGAGCAAGUGGUCUGAAAUGACAGAAUAAAGCUACCUGGCUCCCAAGAUGCUAUCGUAUUAUCUUUGUCCAUGAUAUCUUAUAACAUAUUACACCAUAGUUUGCCGUCGGCGCUCAGUCAACAAGACCAUGUCACAUGAAGUCCCGUGACUUUGAGCAACCAUCACAACCUGUGAAUGCCAUGAUGAAGAAGAUGUGCACAAACGAGGGAAAUCACCUACAUAUGCGCUCAGAUACAAGCAUUUGGGAGUUGUAGUCGAUGUCGAACCAGAUCAUAGCGUAGUCGUCGAUGUUUCAGGGAUGCGUCUGAGCGAAAAGACUACAUAUUAUGAGAAAUUUCGUCCCAACAUCACUGGUUUUGUUUCUUUUCCUUCAUGCUUUUAAAUCUGAGAUUCAUGGCAAGAAUAGGUUUUCGGCUAGCGCUGGUCGGUAUAGUCGGUACAAUUUUCUAUCAAUAUAUUUACAAAUCAUUGUUUCUUGACAAGUUGGGGUAUAAUCGCGUUCUAGAACAUUUCCUCAAAUUUGAUGUGGAAUGCGAGAAGAUUGAUGAUGUAGGCUUAGCUGGCUGUGCGGAUAUGUGGUUGCAUCAGGAGAGUGGAAUGCUUUAUAUGGCAUGUUCAGAUACUAAGGGUCGAGCUGAGUGGUUUCCAAGGUAUGCUCCAGUCUUCAUCCAUUGUUUUUACUUUCCAUAAACUAAUUCUAUCAGCCUCAAUCACUUGAACGCAUCAGGUCGCAGCUUUUCCGAUCGAAUUGCGGUUCUAGAUACUCGUGGAUCUGGUACCAUUAAAAGUCGAUUGACAUGGCUCCAGACUCAAAACUUUGAAGGGAUAGCCAAUGAUGGAACUCUCAACCUUCAUGGAUUUGAUAUCCGAGUAGAUGCAAAAGACAAGAAGAAAUUACAUGUCGUUCUAGUAAACGAUCGUCCCUUCGAAGAUACGGGAAAAGCAAGCCCCUUCAACAAGUCCCAGACAGGAUCAAAUAGUACGAUUGAGUACUUUACAACUACAUUGGGCGGCAAAACCAUGACUCACAAGCAAACUUUCGCCAAUACAAAUGUUGAAACACCUCGACACGUCGCCUGGAUCGAUGAGCAUCUGUUCAUGUUCACCAAUUCCCACAGUCCAAGAAGUAGCUCGGUAAGUUGUUGAAGUAGUAAAGAAUACCAGUGAAUACACGUUAACAUUCGAACUCAGAGAGGAUAUUCAGACCUCGUUCUAGGAGGUGGAAGCAUCGGCUAUUGUACGCCUCCUUCCACAGAGUGCGGAAUCACAAAGUCUUCCGUAAAUCUGAAAGUACCCAACGGAAUAGCUCUCGGCCACGACAAUUUACUCUAUGUUCCAUCAUCAAUAUCUGGCCAGAUCCAAGUGUUUUCCCUGGAAGCAGAGCAGCGUCUCCGGAAAGUUGAUACCAUCCAUGUCCCGUUUCCAAUCAACAAUAUAAAUGUUGAUAAGAAUGGAGAUAUUUACGCAGCUACCGUACCUGUUUUGCAUAAAGCAAUCAAAUAUUUCCAAAAUAUUGAUGCGAAUAUCCCGAGUGCAAUGUUUAGGAUCAUAAAAUUAGGCUCAAUGGGAGAGGGGGAAGGAUGGGGUUGGAAUGUGGUUAAAAUGAUGGAAGACGAUGGAAACACUUUACCCGCAACAACGGUGGCAGUGCAUGAUAGUCAGACUGGUAAAAUGUUCCUAGGUGGAGUUUUGGAUCCGUUCAUUUCGAUUUGCGAAAAAAUAGAUGGUAGGAGUUUUAGUGCACAGCUGGAACUGUUGAACUUUUGAUAGGUUGUUUGUUAAUGAUAUUCCAUUUUUAUGAUGUAUGACUCGGAUGGGUAGUUCGGAAAUGGUUCAUAUACUUCUUCUAGGGGCUAACCUGGCAGCGGUGAUAUUAGAGGAACUUUGAGUCAAAUCGUUAUGUAGACUUUGCACAUACCGAUGAUGGUAACCACAGUCCAACAAUGGGAAGUUUUGAACACCUGAAUACUAAUGCGAAAGGAUGGAUUAAUUUAAACAUUAAAUUCGCAUGGAGCUAUGAACCCAUUAAGGUGAUUAAAUAAUUCAUAAAGACUCAUUGCUUUUCCAAAUUUGAGAUUUGAAUACAGUCUGCUAGUCUGGACUAUCAUAUCAUGAUAUAUCUUACAUCAUCGAAAAGAUGUUGUCUUGAUGACAGUUCAUAUAUUCGAAGCUCACCGGGCGCGGGGUUAGUUUAGCGCCUUGGCCAUUCUGGUGUUUACAUCGCGUGUAUCUUUCUCCUCCUUCCUAGAGAUAUAUCAAGCAAACUUCGAAACCUCUCAAUCUCAAGUUAAUAAAAUCAUCACACCGCUCGAUACAAGAGGCCUCAUAGGAAAAGUAUGUAGGCUGAAUCAAAUGUCUCUCCGAUGGCUGAGAUGGUCUAAGAUGUGCUGUUUCUCGUACAACCAAAACGCGGCUUUCAGCUCAUCUAAAUAAUAUCACUCCAUAAA